GACAUUGACAGAUGGUCGAUUGUUGCAUCGUGAUCAACACGUGCGUUUGUGUAUUUUUUAAAUAAAAUGCUAGAUAAUUAAGUUAAAAUGCCACCAUUUCGUGCAGGAUUAUUAAAAAGAAAGAUUACUUCUGAAACCUCAAAGAAGUCCACAGCCAAAGAUGACAAGGACUCUAGUUCAUUCGAUGAUAGUGAAGAGCUGAUACGAGGUGACCUAGAUGAUGCGGCAGACGCAACAGAUUCCGAACGAGAGGAUCAAGACGAAGCCGGCUCAGACCAUGAAACAGAAGGUGUAAUGUUCGGAGAUGAUGCAGAUUCGACUUUAGGCGAUGAAGAUGAUGCUGAAGGAUCAGAUGAAUCUUCAGAACUAACGGAUUCAGAAGCAGAUGAUGAGUCAGAGGAAAACGACGAUGAUGAUGAUGACGAAGAUGAGGAUGAUGAUGAUGAAGAGGAAUCUAAUGAAGAAGAAAGUGUUGACAGUGGAGCAGAGUCUGGGCCCGGCUUGGCACAUUCCAGUGAUGAGUCUGAGAAGAAAGUGGAAAAACAAAAACCAAAAGUUAAAGCCCAGAAGCCAAAGCAAGACAAACAGAAAGGAACUAAGAACAGUGUUGAAGAGUUAACAGAUAAGAUCAGGGAGACUAGUGUUAACAUUAGGCCAGUAGAACAAAAAGACGAGUACGAGUCGGGCGACACGUCGGACGAGGAGGAGCGGCGCAACACGGUGGGCGACAUCCCGAUGUGGUGGUACAACGAGUACCCGCACGUCGGCUACGACCUCGACGGCCGCCGCAUCAUGCGCCCGCCGCAGCGCGACCAGAUCGACGAGUUCCUCAAGAAAUGCGAAGACCCCGACUUCUGGCGCACAGUGCGCGACCCGCAGACGGGGCAGGACGUGCGGCUGAGCAAGGAGGACCUGGAGCUCAUCCAGCGCAUCCGCGCCGGCCACGUGCCCGACCCCAACCACGACGAGUACCAGCCGUGGGUGGAGUGGUUCAGCCGCGAGGUAUUAGCGACGCCGCUGCGCGCGUUCCCCGAGCACAAGCGCUCGUUCCUGCCGUCGCGCUCGGAGCAGCUGCAGGUGGCCAAGAUCGUGCACGCGCUCAAGAUGGGCUGGACCAAGACGCGCAAGCAGAUCGCCGACGAGAGGAGGAAGAAGCGGGUGAGUAUGAAAGAGUGGAACAAGCUGAGCGAGACGCCGUGGAAGCGCAAGUACACGUUCCUGCCGCAGAAGUUCGCUUCGCUGCGCGCCGUGCCCGCCUACGAGCGCUUCAUCCGCGAGCGCUUCCUGCGCUGCCUCGACCUCUACCUCGCGCCUCGAGCCAUCAAGAUGAGGCUAACGAUCAGCCCCGAGGACUUAGUGCCGAAGCUGCCGUCGCCGCGCGACCUGCAGCCCUUCCCCACGCAAGAAGUGCUGUGCCUCACCGGACACGAGGGCGCCGUCCGGAGCGCGGACUUCGACCCCUCCGGACAGUACAUCGUGUCCGGAUCCGACGACGGCACGGUUAAAGUGUGGGAGACGAGCACGGGUCGUUGCUUGCGAAGCAUCCGCCUAGGCGAGGGUGUGACGCGCGUGUGCUGGGGGCCCGCGCCCGGCCUCAGCCUCGUGGCCGCCGCCGUCGGCAACCGGCUGCUGCUGCUCAACCCGGGAGCAGACAUCGGAGCACACAGAGUGGCGGAGAGAACCGACCGUUUGUUGGAUGAGCCGCCGCCGGCGCACGACAUCGCCAUGGACGAGCGCACGAAGUCGUGCGUGACGUGGGACCGCGUGAAGCCCGAGGAGUGGGCCAUCGGCGUGCGCAUCGCCGUCACACACUUCAAACCCGUCAUACACGUGGCGUGGCACGGGCGCGGCGACUACGUGUGCUGCACGGUGCGGGACGGCGCGUCGCGCGCGGUGAGCGUGCACCAGGUGUCGCGGCGCCGCAGCCAGCUGCCCUUCCGCCGCAGCAAGGGGCUCGUGCAGUGCGCGCUCUUCCACCCCACCAAGCCGCUGCUCUUCGUGGCCACGCAGCGAGCGGUGCGCGUGUACGACCUGGUGAAGCAGGAGCUGGUGCGCAAGCUGCUGACGGGCGCGCAGUGGGUCAGCACGCUGGCCGUGCACCCCAAGGGCGACAACCUGCUCGUCGCCUCCUACGACCGCAAGUGCAUGUGGUUCGACCUGGAGCUGUCGUCGAAGCCGUACCAGACGCUGCGGCUGCACGGCAAGGCGGUGCGCGCGGCGGCGUUCCACGCGCGCUACCCGCUGUUCGCCACGGCCGGCGACGACCCCUACAUCGUCGUGUCGCACGGCAUGGUCUACAACGACCUGCUGCAGAACCCGCUGCUGGUGCCGCUGAAGCAGCUGGGCAGCGGCGCGGCGGCCGACGCGCUGCACACGCUCGACGUGCGCUUCCACCCCGCGCAGCCCUGGCUGUUGGCCGCCUGCGCCGACCGCACGCUGCGCCUCUACUCCUAGCCCAGAACAAUAAAUAUAUCUAACUAAAUAUAA